GAAGAGAAGAAUCUCAACAAGUCCUAAGAAACAGAAACAGAAGCAGAACCACCCCAAAGCCACCAUGGAACAGCAGAAGAAACUCCAAGAGGAUGAAGAUGCUUGUGUGUAUGCAAUGCAAUUGGCAAGCUCUUCAGUCCUUCCCAUGGUGUUGAGAUCGGUUGUGGAGCUUGGAAUUCUGGAGAUCAUCACUAAAGCUGGUCCAUUAGGAACAGAAAUCUCACCUUCUGAUAUAGCUUCUCAGCUUCCUACACAAAACCCAGAUGCAGCAGUAAUGGUUGAUCGUGCCCUUCGGCUCCUAGCCAGUUAUUCAGUUGUGACUUGUUCACUGAAGACACACGAGGAUGGGCGGAUUGAGAGGGUCUAUGGCCAGGCCCCGAUCUGCAAGCUUUUCCUUCCAAAUGAAGAGACGGGAUCCUUGGAAAAGUUAAUGCUUAUGCAUCAAGACAAGGUCCUCAUGCAUGGCUGGUUCCAUAUGAAAGAAGCCAUUCUAGAAGGUGGAAUCCCAUUUCACAAUGAAUAUGGAAUGUCAGCAUUUGAAUAUCAAGGUGUGGAUCCUAGGUUCAACGUGCUUUUCAAUGAGGCAAUGGAAGGUCAAACUAUCAUUACUAUGAACAAUCUUCUUCAGGUAUACAAAGGGUUUGAGGGACUAAACUCAGUGGUCGAUGUUGGUGGUGGAUUUGUUGUUGCCCUUAAAAUGAUCACUUCCAAGUAUCCAUCAAUCAAGGGUAUUAAUUUUGAUUUGCCUUACGUUGUUGCAAAAGCACCAUCCCAUCCAGGUGUGGAGCAUGUUGAAGGUAACAUGUUCGAAAGUGUUCCAAAAGGGGAUGCCAUUUUUAUGAAGAACUGCUAUGAAGCAUUACCAGAAGGUGGGAAUGUGAUCAUCGUUGAUGCGCUUCUUUCAGAAGCUGCGGAAACUAACCAUGUAGCUCAAGCUGGAUAUCAAAUUGGCAAUUUAAUGAUGAUGAUAAAUCCUGGAGGAAAAGAAAGAACUGAGAAAGAUUUUGAAGCUCUAGCCAAGGGUGCUGGGUUUCGUAGUUAUCAAGUGAUUUGCCCUAUAAUUAACCUUUGUGCUAUCAAAUAUGUAAAGUAAGACAUGCAAGUUUUCAUUCGUUGGUUACAAUAGACACCCAUUGCUUGUUUGUCUAAACUUUUCAUAGGUGAUCCUUUUUAUUGUACAAGAUGCCAGUUUUUCUUCGGUUGGAAUAAGCACUCAUUGCUUGCUUGUCUAAUCUUUUCAUAGAUGAUCCUUUUUGUUGUUCAUUUUCCCAAUCUUGUCACAACUAGGGAUCUCAAGCUUCUUGUAAUAUUAUCUUUUGUCAUCGUUAUAAUAGAAACAUUCUCUCUCUCUCUCUCU